AUGUUGGUAAUGCUCGGCUUGUUGCUGCUUUGCCACUUAGCCCUUGUCAACCCCUACUGCAUACAGUGUGCCUCGCCGACGCUGCUUAACCAGUGGCAACUUACGGGCCUCCCAAGUCGUCCAGCUAGCCUUUCAUUUACUCCACUCUGUGACACCAUCACUUCCGACGAUACUACACCAGCCGAAAUGCAGGUCCAUUCCUGCUCGACCGCCUGCUUUGAGAUGGUCAUUCCGAAUGCGAAUCAGUACCAUUUCGUUCGCGGAUGUCAUGAAGAGUUUAUCGAAGCUGGCGUGACAGCGCAACAAGUUGCUUCUGAUGACAAGUGCUUCUACUCGAAAAAGGGCGAUCAGCAGAUCACCAGCAGUGAUGGACUGAUAACUGUACCAGCCAUUGCUGUGAUUCACUUCGCAAAAGUUGGUGAUGAUACUGCCGUCGUCAACGGGAGGAUCGCCAUGAAAACUCUGGUACUACCCGCAGCUGCCACCGCCGAUCCUCCUGUUCUCAAGUCUUUGCUUUGCUCAGAAGCUCGAGCAGUGAACUGUGUGAAGAGCAUGUACUACGACGGCGCCGGUCAAGAUAAUAACAAAGAGUCCUGUACAGGCGGAUACUGCACUAGCGUAGAAGGCUAUCUCAAUGGAAGGAAAUACAUCGAACGAGGAUGCGCCCCGAUCUCGCCGUUCACACAAGACACAUGUGUCACGAUGCGCACGAAUAGCACUUUCGCCGCAGGACCUGGUGAAGGUGGCGCCCUGUCCAGAGAGAAACGCUCCCUGAAUGUAAUCUUGGACGCCACCGAGUGCUUCUGCACAUGUGAGUGCCCUUUUCUUCGAUUUCUUUUAUUUUCGGAAUUGACCUUUCCGCGGUUGGAAUGG